AUGGACUCGCUUCACCUAGUGCCCGAAGACGGUGAUGCACAUCAAAUCCCGUUGCAACUUCAGGUUCUCAGCCAAGCCAAUCUGCAACAGCACACUUUGAAUACUGGUGCCGACUCGACGCCUCACCUGCGAAACCCAUUUCAGCCUCCAUCAGGGCAUCAUCACGAACAUCACCAACACCACCGACAUCAACAUCACCACAUCCACCACGACGAGAUGGCACCACCCGCCGACCGUCGUCCACGCAAGCUGGUGCUGUGCUUUGACGGCACGGGCAAUAAGUUUCGUGGGGACGACUCAGACAGCAAUAUUCUCAAGAUAUUCCGCAUGCUCGACCGGACGGCCGAUGACCAGUACCAUUAUUAUCAGCCUGGCAUCGGCACAUAUGUCGUGUCCAGCGGCCUGUCAAACACGUCCACCCGUGCCCGCAUCCGGUCGUGGUACAUGAAAGCCAAGGACAGCGCGGUCGGCUCGUCGUUUGACCAACACGUCGUCGGUGGCUACCGCUUUCUGAUGCGGUUCUACAACCCGGGCGACGAAAUCUACUUGUUUGGCUUCUCGCGUGGUGCCUACAUUGCGCGCUUCCUGGCCGAGAUGCUGGACUACGUAGGUCUGCUGACGCACGGCAACGAGGAGAUGGUGCACUUCGCCUGGAAGGCGUUUAGCCAGUGGCAGUGCCGGCGCAGUGGCAGUGGCAAGAACGGCGGUGCAGACAAGAAAAAGGAAAUGUAUACCUUUAUGAAGGGCUUCCGGGAAACAUUUUCGCGCCCCGUCCGCCGCAUCCAGUUUCUGGGUUUGUUCGACACGGUCAACAGCGUGCCGCGCUUCGAGACGGCCUGGAUGGAGCGCAGCAAGUUUCCGUACACGGCGCGCAGCUCGGCCAAGGUCAUCCGGCACGCCGUCAGCAUCGACGAGCGCCGCGCCAAGUUCCGGCAGGAUCUGGUCUACCAAGGCUCUGGCCACUCGGCCAAGAAGCAGCACCGUGACCCGCGCCAGGUGCUGCACGACGUGCACGAGAAGUACCGCGCGCGGCGUGUGAGCUUGCAGGCGGCCGUAUCGUCGGCGAUCCGCAGGGAUGGAGGCGACAGCCGAGUCAGUCAAGAUCACGAUCGUGUCAAUGACCAUGACCACGACGUCGAUGACGACGACGACGUAAAGAAGCGCGGCCGCCAGACCACGCGGCUGUCUGAUGUGGCCGAGUCCGGCGACGGCACCGAUGACCCCGAGAACCCCGCGCCGUAUCGUCCUCACAGCCGGUCUGUGUCGUGCGAGUCACGUGGCAGUGGCCGCGGUGGUGCUGGUGGGUCGAGCGGUGGUGGCGCCGCUGACAUCGACAACGCCGACUUAGUCUCCGAGUACAGCAAUGUGCAGAACAAUGAAGACGACGACGACGACGUGCCGCAGGACCUGUCCGAAGUCUGGUUCUCGGGCGACCAUGGCGACAUUGGCGGCGGCUGGGAGAUGACGCCCGGCACCAAGAGCGCGAGCCACGUGCCGCUGACCUGGAUGGUCCGUGAGGCCAUGCGGGCCGGUCUCAACUUUGAUGCCGAAAAGGUCGUGGCCAUGGGCUGUUCAGACGUGCUCGAGAACCAGUGGGCGCCCAGCUUGAGGGACGACGUGGAGGCGGCCGCACACAACCUCCACACGCUCCUCAGCCCGUCGGCCGCUCUUCAUCAAGCGCACGUGCCCGAGAUUUCCGUGGCACCUGAUGCUGUCGAACCCGUCAUUGUCGUUGCUCCUCCCCCCACUGUGCGCAUCAACAGCCCGGACGAGACCAUGGCCAGCGGCAGUCAGCCCACCACAGCUGGCAGUGAGAGAAAGCUGGUCUUUGCUGCUACUGGUGGUGCCGCACCCAACGACGGGAAACCUGACAAGGUCCGUCUUUCCACCUCCCCCCGCCAGCAGUUCCACGACAUGAUGCACAAGGCUCAUAACGCCCCCAUCCACGAUUCUUUGCAGUACGGCGGGGGACUCAGCAAGGUCACCGUCACGGCCUGGAAUAUCAUGGAGUACAUGCCCUUCCGGCGCAUGGACCUGCAGGCCGACGGCUCCUGGAAACCCAUCAGGUGGCCUUUGCCCUGUGGCGAGGUCCGCGAUAUCCCCAACAACGUCUAUGUGCACGGCAGUGUGGUCCGCCGCAUGAAGCAGGAUCCCAGUUACCGCCCGGGCAAUCUGAUUGUCGGCGGCGGCGGGCGGGGCUGCCGCGUGGCGCCCGCGCACUACGGCAUGGGCGACUGGGAGUGCAUUGCCGAGGCGGGCGACCCGAUUGGGGAGCUCUGGGUGAAGAAGGCAAAAAUUGGCGAGUGA